ACCACUGAAAUGCACUUGACUGGAGUUGGUCAUCCCGUGAAGUCAUGGCUGCUCUGCAUCUCCAGACGUCCACAGAACGUCUCUGAAAACGACAGACAUUAACCGUGAGACGUUUUUCCAGGACAAACUUUGGAACUAAUUUCUUUGCGUUUGACUCCAGGAUGGAGACGUGGUUUUACCUGCUCGCCUGCUUCUCGUUGGCCCGGGUUAGUUGGGGUCUGGGCUAUGCGGAGUCCAGUAUCCAGACGGGCCAGAGAGCGGCCAGCAGACACAGGAACUGGUGCGCUUAUGUGGUGACACGCACCGUGAGCUGUGUGAUGGAGGACGGGGUGGAGACGUACAUCAAACCGGACUAUCAGCGCUGCACCUGGGGCCAAUGUCCUCGAGUUGCCUACCGGACUUACAGGAGGCCGAGGUAUAAGGUAGCUUACAAGAUGGUGACGGAAAUGGAGUGGAAGUGUUGCCAUGGUUACUCUGGGGAAGACUGCCACGAUGGACCGAAGGGAACCGCCGACACUCAGGUCAGUGGAGGGCGACCCCGCGUCACGCAGACGGGCUACAACACGGACGGCGGGCAGAGAGGAGAAGGAAGAGACGGUGACUCGGAGAAGAUCAAGCAGCUGGAGGAAACGAUCCGAGGUCUGACCAAAGACCUCCACAACAUGCGGACCACCAUCCACGGCAUAAACCAGCGGCUGCCUGGUCUGAAUGGGGCCAUUGUUCCUGCUGAUUCAGCUCAGCCACACAUGAAGGAUACCAUCAACAGCAUCCAGACCAAGCUGGACCAUCUCUACAACCGGACACAAGUCCACGACCAGACUCUGCUGAACAUCAACAACCACCUGGUGAACGGAGGAGGCAACGAGCUGGACGGAGUGGCCAGAGGAGGAGGAGGAGGAGGAAGAGGAGGAGAAGGAGGAGGAAACCAGCUCACCACCCUGAAGGAGGAGAUCCUGAACGAGCUGGAGAGAAGGGUGUCUCUGUCCUGCUCUUCAUGCCAGGCCGGCGUGGAGGAUCUGAAGCGCCAGCAGCAAGAGGACAGGGAGCGAAUCCAGGCCCUGGAGAAGCUGAUCAGCUCCCUGGACCAGCACCUGAGGCAGAGCCUGGACAUCUCCCGCAGUGAAACACAACGCUCCCAGGCCUGCUGCAACACCGUUACCGAGCUGGAGAAGAGGCUGUCAACUGUGGAGGUCCGAGUCACCUCUACGUCCAACAAGUGUGACGCCGUGAAGGGCCGGCUGGACAAGGAGCUGGCCGGGACAGGCGGCGGAAAGGGACGAGUGACGGAGGACAGGUUGAAUGGCAGGCUGAGAGAACUGGAGAAGAAGGUGAAUAACACGGUGAGGAAGACGGAGCAGAGGUGCACCAACACGGGGAACAACGUGAAGGACAGCGUCCAGAGAGACUUCACGCAGCUGCGCAACAUGGUCCUCAGCCGGCUGGACGACCACAGCUUCAAGAUCGGCAAGCUGGAGCUGGACGUGGCAGUCCUCGGAGACACUGUCACCGACCACAGCCGGCGUUUGAGUCAGGUGGAAAACAUCACCUCCUUCCUGGACAGAAGGCUAACGUCCACCACGAACAUGUGCAAUGAGACCUGCGGGCCCAACGGGAAAGGCCGCAAGACUGAUGACACUGUGAAAACCCUAGAGUGGAGAGUUGUGGCCAACAAAGAGGACAUCCAGAGGUUUAACACCAGGCUAAACGACCUGUCCGUCACAGGGGACUCGCUGAUCGACAGAGUCAUCAACCUAACAGACAACGUCAAAAAGAUAAUAGCUGUGACGGGGGAGGGCGGCGAGCAUUUCAACCGGAUCGUCACCGAGGUGGAAAUGUUGGGCCGCGAUCUGGAGGACUGUUCUAUCUGCAGUAGCGUGGAGGAGGACCUGCGCUUGCUCGCCAACUCCACCGGGAGUGGCCUCGAUAAGUGCCAGGCAGAACUCACAGAUUUGCGGAGAAAGGUCGACUCGGGAGAGUCUGCCUGCUCUCAGGUGUGCUCCAACCUUCAGGAGGAGGUGGGACGACUCAAAGAUGAAGUGGAGGAGUGCACAGGACAGUGUAAGGUCGAUGUGAACGAUCUGAAGAAACGCCUGGACAGCCACGGCGCCCACAGCGGGACACUAGGGGGGGAUCUGAAGUCCGUCCAAGGACAGCUGGCCGGGGUCAUGGUCACAUUCAGCUCCAUCAAUGACACCCUGAAGGGCCUCGGGAGGACGGUGCAGACACAUGGGAACACACUGACGGAUCUGAGCAACACCAAGGACAACAUCAUCUCUGAGGUGGACAUCCUGCAGAAAGAGCUGACCGAUCACGUCGAUGACUCCAAGAUUCAGUUUGACAACGUGGGCAAAGAGAUCCAAAUAAUUAGAAGCAACUAUGUGACGGAGGUCGGGGAGUGCCGGCGGUCCAGUGACGGCCUGGAGAGACGACUCUCUAAGCUGGAGGGAGUGUGCGGACGCCUGGACUCCUUUUCAGACGGCCUGGAGAGGAUCAGGGAGGGCCUGGACCGCCACGUGUCCGGGCUGUGGAGCUGCGUUACCGGGCUCAAUGUCACGCUGGCGACUCAGGGAGACCUCAUCGAAGACAUCCAGAACGUCCAGCUGGAGAACGUCCACUCCGACAUACGCAGACUGAACUCCUCAGUGGUGGACUUGUCCAAGGAGUUCCACAGUUUCAUAGAACAGGACUUCAUGGGUCCACCUGGUCUAACGGGCCCCCGUGGAGAGAGAGGUGAGCGUGGAACCCAGGGUCCUGUAGGACCCCAAGGGAGGUUUGGACCCCAGGGCAGAGAGGGCAAGCAGGGACUAGUUGGACCCCCAGGUCUCAGAGGCGAACAGGGUCCCGCAGGGUCCGAUGCCCACGUGCCACGCCUUUCUUUCUCCGCGGCGCUGACCCGCCCGAUGAGAAGCGCAGGAACUAUAGUGUUCAAUGAGAUCUUCGUCAACGAAAAUAAGGUCUACAAUCCCAAAACAGGCUAUUUCACAGCUCCAGUGAGUGGGAAGUACUUCUUCAGCGGCAUCCUGACGGGCCAUAAGAACAUGAAGAUCGAGGCGGUGCUGUCCAAGUCCAACACAGGCGUGGCCCGGGUGGACUCGGCUGGGUACCAGCCCGAAGGCCUGGAGAAGCCCAUGGCGGAGGCCAAGCACAUCCCCGGAGCCGUGGCCGUCUUCAACAUCAUCCUGCCCAUGGAGGCCGGGGACACGGUCUGCAUCGACCUCGUCAGCGGCAAACUGGCUUUCUCCUCGGAACCGCUGACCAUCUUCAGUGGGAUGCUGCUGUACGAGACCGUCUGAGCGGAACGCGGUGUCGUUGUAAUCGGUCUCAAUCUGUCUGCUGGACUGUAAAAGACAGAGCCACUGGCUGGAACAGUAACAGAGACUGAAAUGACUGGACUGGAUUCAUUCAGCAAGGAGAAAAAUACUCAAAUUUGACUUUAUCUGCUGAAAAAAGGACAAAAAUUAGUCCUUUUAAACCACAUUUUGUGUGUGUUUCACAGCUUUAAGGAAAAUAAGUUGUGCAAAUUUGUUUUUAUUCUAUGAGAUGUUGUCUUCAUAAAAAAAAAAAGCCACUGCAGGGUUAUCUUAGAAUUCCAUAUUUCAUGCUGUUCUACAAACUUGAAUUCUUUACAGAUUACACGGAGAUAGCCCUGGGGUCUUUCUUGUAUUAAGGAAAGGACAUUUGCUUUGAUGAUAAAAGAUAAAGGAUGUGGGGGUCUUUUGGUUUUAAUAUGCAGUGGUUAAUGCACACUAUUUUUUUUACUGUUUGGAACUAGUUUAUUUUCUUCAAGCUUACAGUUUCAUUUUGACCACAAGCAAAUUCCCAGAAACAUGACGCUGAGUGCCAAUUGUAUUUGAAAAAAAAUGCAGAGUGAUGUAGGGGACACAGUCCAAACCACUGUUCUUUAGAGGGAAAUGCACAAAUGAAGUCACUGGCAGUUCAAGAGAAAAACCGCAGGAUUUUAUAAAUCAUACAACAACAAAACAAUGAGACCAUUUUAGGGCAUUAGCUAUGCCCAGAAACACGAGAGGAGCAGGAAGACGGCCGUGGCGAAGAAUUGGGAUUUAUUUUUUUCUCCCUCUAUCCUAAUAAGGGCCAUCUAAAGUUGGUGGAGGAACAAGAAGUUAAAGUUAUGAAUCUGUUACUAUCAUUCUAUCUUACAGUGGAAUUUUUGUGUAAAGCUAACCAUAACAAAUAAUGAAGCUGAACUUUUGUCUCUAAGCUACAAAUCCCAUCUCUUUCAUGGACACACACACACACACACACACACACACACACACACACACUCACACACUUCCUGCCUUUAGAAGUCUAAUUAAGUCUAAUUAAGUCUAAGAAGAAAAUAUGUGCAUGAUAUCAAGUGUGUAGAUAUUGUUGAAGGGAUUUUUAAAAGGAACAUUGCACAGAGACAAUACAGCCGAUUGGUCCACAUCCUGCAUUAUAUUGACAAUAUUGCUGAAGCAAUACAUGGAUUAAUACCAGCAUAUCGGGGUUUGAUCCUAAUGCAUUGUUUUUUCUUCACAUUUUUUCCUUUUCCAGUGUGGAAAUGUUAUUUCAUAUGUUUCAAUGUAUUGUAUAACCUCGAAGGAAUGUAAAUAUUUUUCAGCGGUUUCGCCCCAUAUAAGAUUUUUUACGAGUUGCCACUUCACUUUGCCAGGUAUUGUAUAUGUUUUGUAUGUUUUCAUUUUCCACACUUGUUCCUCUAAUACAGAUACACAGUUUUACACA